UCGCUGCGUGUGAUGGAGUUCACUGUCACUGUCACAAAAAUUUACCAUAAGAGCUCACAGAAAGAGUCUGUUUAGAAGAAAUCAUAAAAAUUCUGCAAAAUGACUUCGCCAGUCGAUAAAGCCGAACUACCAAAAUUGCCCGAAAAUCAAAAAUCAUAUGCCGGCAUCCCCGAAGCCGUAUUCGUCGAUGAUGUCGAUGCAUUCAUGGCACUUGAGGACAACGACAGCAAUGCCGAUUUGGUUUUGCGUAAACUAGAUGAGCAACACAGCAAAUACAAGAUGAUGGACUAUAGCAUAGCUGGACGUCGUCGAAGGCUUAAGCAACAGAUUCCCGAUUUGCUGAAAUCACUUGACAUGAUCGAGGUGCUGAAAAAACAGAGCGAAGAUCAGGAGACACAGUUCCUAUUGAGCGAACAAGUCUUUCUGAAAACGGUCAUUCCGCCCACGAAAACAGUAUGUCUUUGGUUGGGUGCAAACGUAAUGCUGGAAUAUCCACUGGAUGAAGCCGAAGUGUUGCUUCGUCAAAAUAUGGAAACAGCUGCACAAAAUUUAAAAUGCUUGGAAUACGAUCAGGACUUUUUGAGAGAUCAAUUAACUACCACUGAAGUAAACAUGGCUCGUGUCUACAAUUGGGAUGUUAAGCGACGACAAGCGGCUGGUCUUACGUCGUCGAAUUAAGAUUUUUUUGUCUAAAUUUCUAAUCACUCUGCAAUCGAGCUUCUUCGGGUUUCUUUUUACGCACCAUACCCCCCAUUAACACACUCAAAUUUUUAUUUUUCAUAAUUCCACAUUUUGUCACAUUGGAAGCGAUGGAGUUCGUGUUAAUUUAAUGUUCAGAAUAAAAAAGCGAAUUAUGUACAGAAUUUAACAAAA